GUCUUCCGUCCCCCAUUACUGCUCCAAGCCCCUCUCUGGCACAGCGUCCCAUUGACUAGACUGUGACAAACCGAGCAGCGUGCUUCACUGCGUCUCUGAACUCAGCGCUCUCAAAAGUGGACUCGCGAUGUCUGCGAGGACGCGCAUUCUGGGCUCGAGGAGAUAAAUGACGCGCACCUGAAGAGGGUCGCGUUUUGGACAGGUAUGAGACCUGUGGCACUCGCGGAUGAGGAACCGGCAGAUCUUGCGAAGAUCUGAAUGCAGCUCAGUAUCACACUUCCAUUCAACCACCGGGCCUGGCGCAUGGAGGGAUCCGGCUGCACUCAUGGAAUACAAAGCCCGUGCCCGUGAGCAUGCCCGUCCGAGCCCACCGCUCUCCGGGAGCCUCUCCACAGCGUCAUCCUCCUCCUGACACAGCCGCUCCACUCGGACACCCAUCGGUCACUUCAAGUCCCGUCGCCAUGAGGACGACUGCUCGGUGAUUCGGUGCAUCUGCGCGCCCGCACGGAUCGGAGACCUCCCUCCCCUCUCUCUCUCUCUCUGUGUCUCUCUUUCUCUGUCUGUGUGUGUUUUGGGGUUUGUGCUUUUGUUGGCCGUACACCGGAUUUAUCUGUGCGGCGAGCUUCCUUUGUGUCAAAGGGCUUAACGCAGAGUGCGCGGAGGGCGACAGAGCGGGGGCUUCGCUUCGCCCGCUGUUGCGCACAGCUGCUCUCUUUGUGCCGGGUCGUAAUGGCAGCGGGACGGCCGGAGGCGCAGGACCACACGCCUGAGAACGGCUUCACCCCGGUGGAGCGCCCGGCGCCCCGGCUGCUGCCGCACAUCGACGGCUCCGUUCUGCCGUCUCUCGGGGGCUUUGGGAAACACCAGAAGCAGCUCGUGGUCCUGACCUGGAUACCGGCGUUGUUCAUCGGCUUUAGUCAGUUUUCGGAUUACUUCCUCCUGGCGCAGCCCAAUGGCACUUGCGUGCAGCCACUGGCAAACGAAAGUGACUGGACCGCGGCGUCCCCGCCGGUCAGCGUCACCAGCAUCGCGCCCUCGUUGAUGCCCACAGGCAACGGCACCGGGCACGAAUACGGCGACGGCGUCGGAAUGUUGUGCGCUUGUAAGGAGUGGAGGCUGGAGCUGCAGACGGGACUUAGUCAGAAUGUGGUUACCAAGUGGAACCUAGUGUGUGACUCGGCCUGGAAGGUUCACAUUGCCAAGUUCUCUUUGCUUGUGGGCUCCAUAUUUGGAUACCUAGUGAUGGGUGUCAUGGCUGACUGGUUUGGUCGACACCCAGUGUUGAUCCUUUCGGUGCUUUUCAUGCUGGUGUUUGGUCUGAGUGUUGCCUUCUCUGUAAAUGUCACCAUGUUCAGCACCUUGCGCUUCUUUGAGGGUUUCUGCUUGGCGGGCCUUGCUCUCUCCCUCUACGUGCUCAGGAUUGAGCUGUGUUUGCCAGGUUGGCGUUUCUCCAUGACUAUGGUGGCCAGUUUUCUUAUGGUGGGCGGGCAGCUAUUGAUGCCAGGUGUGGCCGCUCUGUGUCGCCAUUGGCCAAACCGGGAUGACUGGCAGGUCCUGCAGAUUGUCAUAAUCAGUCCUUUCGUUCUGAUGCUGCCGUACGUCUGGAUUUUUCCUGAAUCCCUGCGCUGGUUGCUGGCCACCCAGCAUUACCGGCGGUCCAAAGCCAUGAUGCUGCGGAUCGCCAGGAAGAACCAAGUUGACAUGACAACUGAGCCAAGCGGAGUUCUUACAGAGCUGGAGCAGGAGCUGCACAAGAAACCCCAGAGGAGCUGCAUUGUCAAGAUGAUGAGCACCAGGAACCUGUGGAAAAACAUUGUGGUGCUGUGUGUCAACUCUCUGACAGGUUAUGGAAUUCACCACUGCUUCGCUCGCAGUAUGAUGGACCCCGAGGCUCAGCCCACGGCUUUGUGCCAUGCUGACUAUUACACCAUGGCUGGCAUCGCCGUGGCAACCUGUCUAGCACUAUGCCCUGCGGUCGGGCUGAUGGGUCGGCGUGGAGGGCUGCUCACAUUCAUGAUCAUAACAGCCCUGGCAUCACUGCUGCAGCUGGGUUUGCUUAACUUGAUUGGGAAGUACAGCCUUCGCCAUGACACAGUUUUGCGAGACACUCUUAACAGGAAAUUCUCUGUGGCCUUCUCCAUAAUUGGGAUGUUCUCUUCUCAUGCUGUCAGCACACUCAGCAUUUUCUUUUGUGCUGAAAUCACUCCUACUGUCAUCAGGGGUGGAGGACUGGGCUUGGUCCUGGCUAGCGCUGGCUUUGGCAUGCUCACUGCACCCAUCAUGGAGCUCCACAACCAGAAGGGCUACUUCCUUCAUCAUGUGAUCUUUGCCUGCUGCACCCUGCUGUGCAUCAUCUGCCUCCUGCUGCUGCCUGAGCCUCGGGGACAGCCACUGCCGGAGAGCCUGGCUGAUGGAGAGACCUUUACCCGUCAGACCCUGCUCCAUCCGGGAGAGCAGCACCUCCUUCUCGCCAAGAGUGAUAGGGACUACUCCCGUGUUCACGACACACCAUUACAUCUCUCAGCCACUGGGGGCGCUACAGUGGCAGCAGCCACCGCUCUGGCAGCGGUACCUGCCUCAUACGCCCUUGCAACUGGUGGGGAGGUGAUCGGGAAUCAUGCCAUAGCCAAUGGAGUGUGAGCAGCUUUGCAAGUUGUCUUCUGUGCUAAUAACUGCUCCAAGCACUAACCUGAGCAAGUGAUGACUGAACUUCCUGUACUUUAAGGGAUACUAAUUGUUCAUAUGGACUCUUUUUAUGUUGAGGAUUCAGAUGAUGAUGAUAGUAAAUUUGUGUCAUUUGUAGUGACUAUGAUUCCUUCAGGAGUUGCCAAAAAUAUAUUGUAUUGAAGUCAGUGUAUGUCAGAUAAUAUGAGCGUCUUCAGUGGUGUUGGUGAUUUUCUUGAGCCACCUUCUGCUCGAGGGUACAAGCAGACACAAGUGGAGAGACAAAGUACAGCAGAAUAACUUUCAAUAACGUGUGCUCUGUGAGUUUACUGUCUGUAGUUUUGACUCAUUGAAACUGGAUUUCACUACAUCUUAGAUCUCUUUGUAGGUAAGUUAUUUUGCACUAAAUGUCAGAGACACAAUCAAGUGUUUGUGAUUUGCAGCCAACACAUUGGAGAUCCAGGGAUUGGCUAAAGCCACUAUCUUUUUGCAUGAAAAGGGCACAAAUGUUUUGUUUUUUUUAAAUUUUGUUUUGUUCUGUAGCAUUGGUUAAUACAACAUGUGACUCACUGUGCAAUUUCCCAGCAUUUAUCAAGUAAUUCUCAAUUGACAGUGUAAUUUUCAGUACCUUACAAUAUUUACCAACAGGUACAGUAAAACUAUGGGGCAACAGUUAGCAGUUUUAAAGGAAAAAACUAAACAGGCUGUGGGGUGGUUAGCACUGUUGCCUCACAGCAAGAAGUAUCUAGGCUCAAAUCCAGUCUGGGACCUUUCUGACUGGAAUUUGCAUGCUCUCUUUGGGAACUCUUCCCACAACCUAAAGACAUACACACAUAGGGUUAGGUUAAUCAGCAAAUUUAAUCGGCUCUAGGUAUGAAUGGUUGUCUGGUGGCUGUAGAGAAGGUUGGUGGUUGGCUGCUCCAGUCUGCAUGCCGAAGUAUCCUUGGGCAAGAUACUGAACCCCAAGUUGCUCCUAACAUGGAAAAAUGUUUGAUAGAAAGCACUUAGAUCUAGAGAAAAAGUCCCUGUGUGAAUAUGAAAGAGUGAUGUUCUCAAGUAGGGAAGCCCUAUUUUAGAACCAGUCUAUUUACCAUUUACUUUGUAUUAGUCCUGUGAUAAACUGGUGACCUGUCAAGGGUGUGCCCUGCAUCUUGCCCUAUGACAGCUGGGACAGGCCCUUCUGUAAGUGGAUACAAAGACGGAUGAAUUACACUGUAGUUAUUUUUAGGUAUUUGUUGUGUCAGAAGUGGAGGCCAGCAUACUGUAUCUCAUAGCCUAUACCCACAAUAAUACUACAUUAUCAAAAAAUAAGUGGAUGUUAGGCUACUCUUUGAUAUACCUCAUACCCAGUGUAAUACUAGGUAUUACACGCUUGGCCUUUAGUCUAAAACACCCCCAAUUGUCAUUUCAUAAAGAUAAAAUUUCGACCUUACUGCUAAAACACUUGAAAGGUACUCAAGGAUUAAAAUGUUCAACGUACAAUUUGUUUCUCAUUUCCUUUAAACUCCCUUAAUCUACUGUAACAACAUUUUACAGAACCAGCAAGUAUUUGUAGGCAACAUUGGAGCUAUUGCCUGGUUUGCAAGAGACUACCAAGGUGCCAGGAACUGCACCUAUAAAAGAAAGAGAACUCAUAUUGACCCCUCCUUUAAUGAUGCCCAUGCCCGAACCAGUUCCAAGGACUUACACACAAACACACAAAAAAUCCACUUUGAAUUCACUAAAUAAUACAUGGUAAAUGUUGGGAAACCGGACAAUAAGUUGCGGGCUGUAUUGUGAAGUGCUACAAGUACUUCCUCAUUUGUGGUCUCUUUAUAUGAAGUCCAAUGUGGCACUUUAUCCUCAGCUGAGAGGUCAGUGUGGACACUGAUUUUUAAAGAAGCGUUACUACUGCUGAUGCUGGCGUAUGAUGGUUGUUGGAAGACGAACAGCCGGAGACCUUUCUCGCAGACCGUAUGUGUAGCCUACAGAGACUUUGUGCAUAAUGUUAAACAAAUCUGAGAGCUGAACGGACAUGAGAGUGACCUGCUAGUGCACUACUGUAUGUCUUAUGAUGCACCUCAGCAAUUUAAAUGGCUUUAUCGCUCUGUUCUGUUAACAAAACAGAGAAGAUACGACGUAAUGAAAGAAAAAAAAAAACUGUAUUUAUUUUUUGUCAUGCUGCCAAGGGAAAGUUUUGUUGCUUGAAAUACCUCCUGAAUUAGCAAACAUUUCCAAACUCACUCCUCGUUCUCUGUACUGUGCUAAUACUGUAAUCCUGUUCCUAGAGUGUGUAACUUUAGACAGAAAGCACAUUAUUUUACAGUUUUUUGAGAUGUGUGAAGAUUAGAAUAGAGCAGCAUAGUCUGCAUAGACCUGGUUUAGUUGUGAUUGGUGUACAUUAUACACUUUAUUAUAUAGGUAUCCCUUAGGACUGCAUAAAAAUCUAAGGUAUGUAUACAUGUGCCAUUCAUUUAUAAAAUAUGGAACAUAACCUUACUUUUAUAGACUGUGAAGCACACUGAAUAGACAAACCAUCCCAUGAAGCAUUUUUGUGCAGAUAUACCAGAAGCCGAGCAUCCUCCAUUUUUAUAGUCAUAUUUAGUACACAGCACAUAUUUUAGACAUUCAGUAUGGUUUGGUAGUUUGUAUGUUUUCAACAGUAAAAAAAAUACUCUAAGAAAACCGAAGGAAAAAAAACUCAACCACUAAUGCUGUUUUCUAAGUGUUAUUUUUUUAAUAUGGAUUUGUAAAAACAAACAAACAAACAGACAAAGCCACAGGCCUAUAGUACAUGUUUUGAUAAUAAACUACUUAAUUUAUUGUCAAUAAAAAAACACUUGAUGUGACCGUUUGUCCUGAUU